AUGGAUACAUCCAGUCGACUUCAGCCGGAAUUUGCAAAGUUCGGAUCAUCACCACGAUGUCUUAAAGAAUCAAAUGGAAUAAUAGUUGCUGGAGGAAUAGCAUCGCGUGAAACCUUUAAUGAUUCAAGUACUUUGAGUUAUGCUCCAUCAAGCAACUCACCGAAUUCUUAUCGUAGGAAGGGAUUUUUUGGUCUUCAUGUUGGUGAAACAGGAUACACUGAAAAUGGAAAUAUAGGGACAUUGAUUAAUAAUUGUGUUACGAUAAACAAGAUUGCCAACUCUCGCUAUAUGUCCCUUGCGUGCAACAAUGACCAGAACUUGUACGUGAUGGAUAUAAGUAAUAAAAGUGAUGCAAUAUCCCCAGAUUACAGUGUUAAUCUGUCUGUUGCAUUGAAUCAUGCUUCGUUAUCGCCAGAUAUGAAAACGCUUGUUACGUUGGGGGAUAGUCCCAGAAUUUUUAUUAUGCACCCAGAAGAGAAUAUGAGAGAGGUUGCGAAGAGAGAAACCAUAAUAACACAGUCUGAUUGUGGCUUUUCCACAUGUUGGAAUAAUUCAGGUACAUGUUUUUCUGCUUGCUUCCAGGAGGGGGUGAAUUUUAUAUAUGAUAUUCGUAAUAUAUCAAGACCAAUUCAUAAGAUAUAUUCAACCAGAAAACAGCUUCAAAGCGGUGCUUUUCGCGUUUGCAAGUUUAGCGGUGGUACAGAUGAUUUAUUAUUUAUUUCAGAACACCAAGGUCGUGUUCAUGUUGUUGAUACAAGGGAUUUUAUGACGCACCAUGUUAUAUUAUUACCUAAGCGUUUAUAUGAUGACUCUGAUGGAUACUAUAACCAGCCUAUAGUGAAAAAAUAUGAGGAUGUCUGUGAUGUGGAUCAUAGACUAGGUUAUCCGAGAACUUCGAGAAUGUUUCUGAUUGACGUUGAUAAACUUCAGAAAUCAAAUUUCUUUAAUUUCAAUCGGAACAACUGCCCAAAAAGAUAUCCUGUUGCUAAAAUGAGGGAAGAUGCAGUUGAAUGGAUGAAAACCCCAUAUAGUAGGCAGCCAUCAACAAAAGAAAGAGAACUUCAUGAGCAGAUAGUUUGUGACCCUCUUCAAAAUGCUUGUAAUUCUGGAACAAGGGUUGUUCGUACCCCCAUCAGAGGUCGUGGUUAUCAUGAUGGUGUAAUUCAGAAUCCUCAAAACGAUCCAUUUUAUUAUUUGGACUCCGAACUGGAAUUAACUGGCCUUGAGAUAGUUAACGCAGGUAAUGAAUAUGGAAAUGGUCAGCAUUCAUUGGUAAUUGGAUCAGAUGAUGGCUUAAUACACUGGGAUAUUGAUAGUUGGAGACGAAGAUGCUUCCCAUCCUACGAGUUAGCAUGA